CGUCCACAGUGGUGGGCAGAUGUAGAGCAAGCAAGCAGGAUCGAGAAAGAGGGAAAAAGAUAGAUGAGAGUAAUGCAGCGGGAGGCAUGGGGAGUCCAAACACAUUGCUCUACACAAGGAAAGAAGACCAUUGAUGAGCCUCCAAUCCAGCUGUUUACUUGCUACUUUCAACAUGAAGAAAAAGAUAUGUAGUUUCUGAGCACAGUGAAUAUUAUAUACGGUGUUGAAGCACAAGUUUGCUGUGGACUUUAUGAAUGGGUUGUACCUACUUACAUGUAAAAUAUAGAUAAAGUGGCAUUUCUGGUCUUGAAUCUCUCAAAAUAUUCCAAAUGGUCCUCCUGGGAGAACAAUGUUGGAAGGAAGAAAACCACACCAGAUAUUUGCACAAUGUUGAAGUAGUAAACAUGAUGAUGGAGUUAUUUUUUAUUUUUCUGAGAAAAAUAUAGGAAAUGAUUCUGUGGAAUGCAAAAUCUGGACCCAGCACUCCAAAAAGGACUGUAAACAAGUGUGUUUGAAUGUGUUUGUGGGUGUCUUUGUGUAUGCCCACGGUGGUAUGACACAGUGGAGGUGAGAGGGGACAACACUUCCAGACCAUUCUGUCUUUACAAUGAGAGUUCCAGCCGGUGUGGCUGUAGUUUCCCAUCUUUGUCCUCUGGUGGUCUUCCUAUGUGUUGUCUCCCAGAGUUGUUAUGGGACCCAGGUUUAUCUGAGCCCUCACACUAGCCCUUACCCCAGCCUGUAUCCAAAUCCGAGACUUAAGUCACUGUCUGAAUCAACCCCAAUCCCAAGCACCUACAAAAAUAUGGCACCACUGAGGCCCAACCUGCUUUCAAGUUCCAGCCAGAACCUCUGGAAGAAGUAUCAUUCUAGGCUUGACACCAUGUCCUAUCUUACAGACAACCACAAGUCAAACACAAACUUCCCACUGGCAAUAUCCCAGGCCACAUCAAGCUCAAACAUUAGAUUCAAACCCCAACAUGCACCAAGACAGAGUUCUAAAUCGAGGCAAGAGUUGGCAUACAAAUCAACCUCUGAUCAGAUUGCAAGAAACACCUUAAAGGGUCCCAAGCAGUCUUCAAAAAUUAACACCCAAACCAAUUCAAACCCAAGCCUUAGAUCUUUGUCUCAAUCAAACCGUAAGGUAGCCCCUAACUCUAAGCUAAUGUCCAUGCCUAAGACAAAUUUGACAAAAUCUGUGUCAGCUGCCAGCACUAAAUUAGCUUUACAGUCCAGCCCUAAACAAAGGUCCUACUUAUCUGGUACUAUGAGUCCCAGCACCUAUUAUAGUGCCAGCGCUGCUUUAUUGUCCCAUCCUAAAUCCCAUUCCAAACUCCAGCCUUCUUCACAAACUAAUAUAAAUGCCAACGCCAACUCCAAGCUCCCCAGCCUGAACUCCCGAUCAUCCACCAGAGCACACAGAAACCAGACCAAGUUGGUGGACACAGACAAGGAGUCCCACCAUCGACCCAAGAGAGGUUGGAUCUGGAACCAGUUCUUUGUUCUGGAAGAACACAUUGGACCUGAACCUCAGUACGUCGGAAAGCUGCACUCCAACUCUGACAAGGGUGAUGGUUCUGUGCACUACAUCCUGUCUGGUGAUGGGGCCGGGUCUAUCUUCAUCAUUGACGAGACAACGGGUGACAUCCAUGCCACCAAGAGCCUGGACCGUGAGAGGAAGUCCCAGUAUGUCCUGCAUGCAAGGGCCAUUGACUGGCGGACGAACCACUCACUGGAGGCAGAGUCAGAGUUCAUCAUCAAGGUCCAGGAUGUCAAUGACAAUGCUCCAACAUUCCCUGAUGGACCGUUCUCAGCCACUGUACCUGAGAUGUCUGAUGUUGGAACGUCAGUUUUCCAGGUGACAGCCUCAGAUGCAGAUGACUCGACCUAUGGCAACAGUGCCAAGAUAGUAUACAGCAUCCUGGAGGGACAGCCCUACUUCUCAGUUGACCCCAAGACAGGUAUCAUCCGUACAGCAAUGUCCAACAUGGACCGUGAGACCAGGGGCCAGUACGCUGUGGUAAUUCAGGCCAAAGACAUGGCAGGCUCAGUUGGGGGAUUGUCUGGAUCCACCACUGUCAACAUCACCCUCACUGACGUCAAUGACAACCCGCCAAAGUUUCUGCAGAAGAGCUACCAGCUAUAUGUACCAGAGCUAGCUCCAGUGGGGAAGGCAGUGGGUCGGAUCAGUGCCAGCGAUGAAGAUGAAGGACAGAACGCUGAAAUGACCUACAGCAUCACUAAUGCAGAUGCAGCUGCUAUCUUCACCAUCAUGACUGAUGCUGACCGCAGGGAAGGAAUCAUUUCCCUCAAGGAGCCUCUGAACUAUGAGAAGAGAAAAGUACACACACUCAACAUCGAAGGCUCCAACACUCAUCCAGAUUCACGCUUCUCACACCUGGGGCCAUUUAAGGACUCCACAUCACUGCGAGUUAUUGUGGGGGAUGUGGAUGAGCCUCCUGUCUUCUCCAUGGACUACUACAUUAUGGAUGUAUAUGAAAACUCACCUGCUGGCACCCAGGUUGGCACUGUAACUGCUGUGGACCCUGAUAGCACCAACAGCGCUGUCAGGUACUUCAUUGAAAAUGAAGAGGAAAGACCUUUGUAUUUCAGCAUUGGAGUGAACAGUGGGAUCAUCAGGACUAGCCAAGUUCUGGACCGGGAGCAGACGGCCUGGCAUAACAUCACUGUGAUGGCUGCAGAGGUUGAUAACCCACGAAUGGUGAGUCAUGUUCCAGUCACAAUCCAGGUCCUGGACGUCAAUGACAACAUUCCAUCCAUCUCUGGGGGCAACAGUGUUGUCAUAGUCUGUGAGGGCACCAAAAAUGGGCAGGUGAUUCAGACCGUCCGAGCAGCUGAUCGGGACAAUUUUGCAAAUGGGAAGUUCUCCUUCUAUGUGCCUGAUGAGCAUCAAGUUAAUGCAAAUUUUACAGUGAAGGACAAUGGAGAUAACACUGCCAGUAUAGUAUCUCACCGCCGUGAAGGCUUCAGUGUGGACAGAGAUCAGGAGUUAUUCAGCCUGGUGGUUGUGGUGACUGAUGGCGGGGAGCCUCCUCUCAGUAGCACCACUACACUAUUCCUCAGGGUGUGUGUGUGUCAGAGGAACACCAGGGGGCGAAACAGCAACAAUGUCUGUCAGGCCCAGGCCUUCCUGUCCUCAACGGGCCUCAGCACUGGAGCCUUUGUGGCCAUACUGCUAUGUAUUGUCAUAUUAUUAGCCAUAGUGAUGCUGUUUACACAGUUACGAAAUAAGAAAGCAAGCAAAGAAUCCUUGAUUCUUUCUGAAGAGGACAUCAGAGAAAAUGUGGUGACUUAUGAUGAUGAGGGAGGCGGGGAGGAGGACACUGAGGCCUUUGACAUUGCUGCACUGCGGAAUCCCAAAGCUUCUGAGCCUCAUAGAAAGUUCCACACCUACCUUGGCCAUGGACCAAUCCCAAAUGGAGAGGACGAGGUUGUGGAUGAUGAAGAUGGGAUUGUGGUGGUAAGGAGACGGAAAGCUCGAGAGGUACAUUACAGGAGCUACAGCCCAGAGUCGGAACCUGCCUGGUUUGUCAUUGACUGCAUUCUACCAGAGAUCAGCCGGUCAGCACCUUCGCUUCUGCUCGAUGGUCAUGACAUAAUUCAACAGAUCAUCCAGCAGAAGGUGGAUGAAGCAAACUCUGACACACGAGGCCCACCUUAUGACUCACUUCAAACAUAUGCUUAUGAAGGGCAUGGGUCCUCAGCUGGGUCAGUCAGCUCUUUGGGCCUGUCUGCAGUGGUGCCUGAACUAAACUAUGCCGAUUUGGAAGACUGGGAACCAGAGAGGCCCACACUGGAACAAACUGUUGGAGGGCAGCUGGUUACAGGCCAAACUAACUCGGACUCCUAAAGAUUACCAUUCAAAAGGAUUUUUUUAAACUUAUGGCCAGAUUUGCUGAAGCUAAUUACUUUGUACUUGUGCCAUUUAAACCAAGGAUGCAAAAUUAAUGACACAAAAAAAGAUGACAAUUAGGAACUGUAAUUAAUAUGUCAAAUCAAUGGAGAAGAAAAGCCAUUUAUAUCGAACAGGAGAGAAGAACACACACACACAGGCUGAGGUGGAUGGAAACAUCCUUGAGUGCUUUGCUAAAAAGGACAAAAUGUAAACGAACAGAAGACUAGUUUUAAAAUGACAGGUCAAUUUGCAUCCAGUUUUCUCCCUCUGCUUUGCCUUUUAGGUGUGCUAGUGGAAAAGAGACUGCUAGUCCUGGGUCCAGAUCAUUCUGGUCUUCACUAUUGUUGAAACUCCAGUCAUUUACUUUUAGAGCCCUUGCACAUCUAUCCUGAAGAUGAAUAACAAAUUGGAUUGGAGCACAAUGACCCAGGGUUCAAGGUGACAGCAGGACCCUAAAGCAUCAGCUACCAAGGUGUGGAUUAGUGAAGGUAACUAAUCCACAUUCCAGUGUCAUGAUCAUGCUGUAAGCCUAAUAAUAGACCAUAUUAAGGUGAUCUCUUAUAGCCAUGUUUGGACUGCAGGAAAUUUACCAUCCAACCUAAGCUGUUUUAUAUAUACACAC